UUACUUGCUCUGUGUUAUAAUGCCUGACACAUUCACGUGUAUCACUUGCCAGGUGCUGUUUAAGUCUGCAGAUUUGCAGCGUGAACAUUAUAAACUAGACUGGCACAGGUACAAUUUGAAGAGAAAAGUCGCAGGUAUUCCACCAGUGACAUUGGAUGAAUUUGAAUUGAGGGCAAAAGAACAUAGGGAACAAGUUCAAAAUGAGAAUUGCGACGAAUCCGUUUAUUGCAAAUGUUGCUCAAAAUUGUUCAAUACGAAAAAUGCGUACAAUAAUCACUUGAACAGCAAGAAGCACAAACAAGCUGAACAGAAUUAUGUGCCCAAUGAAAAACCAAUUCAAAAGAAGGAAGAAGAGGAGAGUCAAUCUGAUUCAAAUAGUUUCGAAAAAAUUGAAGCUGAUAAGCUCUUGCAACGAGAAAAAUUUGUUGUUGUUAAAGAUGUUGUAGGGUCUGAUGAUCUUGACAUUGAAACUGACUCAGAAAUUGAAGAGCUUGAUUCUGAUGAGUGGGAAGAAUGUAGAAUCCAAGGCAGUGAUUCACUUAUAAAACCCCGUGACUGUUUGUUCUGUGGUCAUCACAGUAAAAAUAUGGUCAAAAAUCUGAAGCACAUGUCAAUAACCCACUCCUUCUUUAUACCAGAUGUUGAAUAUUGCACUGACAUAAAAGGGCUGCUCUUGUAUCUUGGAGAAAAAAUUUCUCAAGGAUUCAUGUGCUUAUGGUGCAAUGAUGCUGGCAGAACAUUUUACUCAAUGGAAGCAGCUCAGGCGCACAUGCUUGACAAGGGACAUUGUAAAAUGUUACAUGAGGGCAUUGCUUUAGCUGAAUAUUCUGAUUAUUAUGACUAUAGUGCGUCCUACCCUGAUCAUGAGGAAGGUGAUGAAGACAUGGAAGUUGAUGAGCCAGCAGCAGAUCCAACCAUGCUGGAUGGUGAUAAUUUCCAACUGGUAUUGCCAUCUGGCGUAGUUAUAGGACAUAGGUCCUUGUUGAGGUACUAUAAACAAAACCUGCCUGAGACCAGCCAAGUUGUGGUGAAGAAGUCACAACGAAAACUGCAUCAUUUGUUGGGUGUUUACCGCGCGUUGGGAUGGGCGCCUAAAGAACAGGCUGCCGCUGCUAAAAAAGCUCGUGACAUUCAUUUCAUGAAGAGGGUGCAGGCCAAGUGGCAAAUGAAGAUGUCUAUGAAGAAUAACAAGUUCCAAAAACAUUACCGACCUCAAGUUAACUUCUAGAGAAAUCUAGAAAUAUUCCUUGUGUUUUAUCAGUAUCACUUUACUUCAUACAUAUAUGUUAUUCCAUAUUCAUCAUCCUUAUCAAAGAGAAGGAUUUAUGACUUUUUUAAAGUACAUAUAAUUUUUUUAACAUAACUAAAAAAAUAUUCGUUUUACGAGCAAAAUAAAUUUUAAAAGAUACAAAAUUAGUGGUAGUUAGUGUCAAUCAUUGUUUUCUCUCGGAGAUUCUUAGCCAUUUGGGUGAAAAAUCCUUUUUGAGAGUCUUUUUUAUUAGUUUUUAUUUAAUUUUUAUUAGUUGGAUCAAUACAUAAAUUUUUAGUUUGUGAAUGGUACAUAUACACCAUCAUUCUUUUUUUAUUGGUGCUUAUGAGUGGCAUUAUUCGCUUGCGCUCAAGUAGUUACCUCUGUAAUAAAGAAUAUAUUUAAAUGUUCUCUGUGGUGUCUAUCUAAAAAUAUCUUGCACUUACAAACUUAUAAAUAUGUAUUUGUAAUUAAUGUGUAAAUCGAGGGCACCUUUGUUUGUACUCUUCGGUCAAAUAAUUGGAAUGUGAAAGACAGAAAACGGAGAAAAUGUCAAAUUCUUUUUUAAUGUGAUAUUAAACUGUCUACAUGUUGCGUUUAUUUUAAACAUUUCCAAUGCAUUAUACAGCCGCAAUAGUUACACAAAAGCAAUGAAUUCCAUGUAACUACAACAACACAGAUUUAAAAGCAAUACAAAUUUACAAUGAAA